GCCCUUCCUCCGCUGUUCAACAGUUGGCCCCCUUCUUCCUCGCCCACACCCAAUUCAACCUCCCUCUAACCUCAUGCCUCUCGUCGUUCACUCCCUUCACAAACCCUUCAACAACUUCCCGCGUCAGCCCCUGGCCGGACAGACGAGGGGGCAUGCUCCCGUAUCCUUUGAUCAGGAACUGCUUCAGGGUUUCCCCCAGCUUGUUCAGCUCCGUAUCUGCGGUGAAAGGCCUCAUAGGCGGCUCCAGCAUCCGCUCACAAACAACCUCACACUGCCCGCUCUCCCGGAUCCAGCCCAGCAUCUUGGGCCCCACCUCGCCGUCCACGCCCUGUGGACGCAUGAUCCCCCCAUAGAUCUCGUAGAACGUGGUUAUCCCUUCUGGGAGUGAGGGGAUAGGGGUAGCUGAGUUAGGGGAGGGGGAGGCGAAGAGCGCGUUGGUCCCUUCCUCGAGCAGCAGAUAACCGCCUGGUUUGAGUGAACGAAGGAGGGAUUGGAGGACCGUCUUUGGUUCAGGAAGAUGCACCAAACAGAACCUCGAGUGGAUGACGUCGAACGCUCCCUGGGGAAAAGGCCAUUCCAAGGCGAGGUUGGCAACUUGAAAGGAGCAGUUGGACGGAACAUGCCGGCUCACAACAGGUGUGAUAUCAACACCAAGCACCGACGCAU